UUUACUUCCGGUGUCAAGUUGGGCGACGGAACGUAAGUGACACUGCAAAGAAAGUGAUUUAAGCGUCUAUUUAUUGAUUGUUGAUGGUGUAGUCGUCCAAAGAUCAGAAUUGUGAUGGCGAUGAGUGUUGAUAAGCUGUUGGCUGAUGCCCAGAUUCUUGUUGCUAGACUUCGCACUCAUGACACAACGGCAGAUAUCCUUAUUGCUCACACACAAACACUCCACAAAAGAUUGGAUGCUAUGAAAGAGUACCAAGACGACAUCACAGAGCUUAAUGAGAUUGCACGUCACCGGCCACGCUCCACAUUAGUCCUUGGGAUAGCCCAGGAGAACCGACAGAUCCGGGAACUCCAACAAGAGAACCGGGAACUCCGAUGCUCCUUAGAGGAACAUCAGAAUGCACUGGAACUCAUCAUGCAGAAAUAUAGAGAACAAAUGACAAAACUCAUACAGGCGAACAAUUUUGAGAACGUUAUAGCAGAGAAAAGAGACCAAUCUAAGGAUCUGGAGAGACUUAUUGACAAGAUCUGUGAAAUGGCCGCCGUGAUGCAGCGUGCUGUCAUGGUAGAUCAGGAUGCAUCAGCUAAGGAUCAGGAACUUUUCACCCAGCUACAGAAGGAGAAUAAUGGGCUCCGCGAACUCCUGGAAGUCUGCACCACCGCCAAACAAAAAAUACUCCAGUCCAUAACUGUGGAACAGGACGAUAAAUAUUGUCAAACGGAAGAAAUGUCCGGUGAGAAAACACCAACAGCAGAACUAGAGCAAGAACCAGUUUAAUGAAAAUACUCAUGGUUUGAAUAUUAAAGUUGAUAUGUAAGAUAAAGGCUGCCUAAUUUAAGGGAUGUCGGAAGCUGUAUGAGAGAAGGUACGCAAAAUAGGACUAAAUCCAGUUGAUUCCAAAUACUACACACAAAUUUAUUCUUGCCUCAUCUACAUGUAGUCGACUAUGUAUGGUCAUGUAUGAACUUUUAAUGGAAUGUGUAUUGGACAAUCAAAUGACAAAAAGUGUGGCGUGGAGUGGAGGAAGGAUUUCUGAUGGAAACGUAUCUCAGAUAGAUUUGUUAAUUGUGUGCUGUGUAGAUCAGAUAUCAUUUAUAAUUACCGGUACUGUAAAUCAUUUCUACAGUACAUUCCAUUUAUUGUAACUUGGUUUAUGUCAUGUAAGAUGUUUUGCAUAAUCUCAUGUUUUCCUGAAACACUGCUUUACAUCAAUUUUCAUAUAAUAUCACGUUUUCAUGAAAUACUGGUUUAUGUCAAUUUUCACACAAUCUCAUAUUUUCUUGAAUCACUGGUUUUAAUAUAUCAUUUUUCACAAAACUCACAUUUGCUUUAAAUACUUUACCCAAGGUAAUAACAAUAUUAUCAACAAUUCAGUGGUUUUUUUUAGUUUUUUUUUGUAAUUAAAUUUUUAUGUGUAACAUUUAUUGUAUCUAUAUCCUUUUCUGUAAAUAUAUCUGAACCAUCAAAUGAAAAACUAUGUGGCAAAAUGUUGUUUGUAGUAAGGUAUACAUACAUGUAUGUAUAACCAGAAUUUUACACAUUGUACAUGAUAUGUCUUAUGUUACACUUUGGCAUGACAUGUUUAACCCUCCUUAGCAAUGCCAAAAUCAAACAAGAACUACAAGUCAUUUAUAUCACUUUUGAACAAUGGACAUACCACUGAUACUUGCUGAGGUUUGUCACAACUUUGUCGCUAUAGUAUCAAUGUUAACAUAUGUUUGUAACUAAGGGGCUGCAGUGGCUGAGUGGUUAGGGUGUCCCGACACUUUAACACUAGCCCUCCACCUCUGGGUUGCGAGUUCGAAACCUACAUGGGGCAGUUGCCAGGUACUGACCGUAGGCCGGUGGUUUUUCU